AACCCUUCACAUUUGGGAAGGUAUUCAGUCUUGGGUGUCAUCAUGAUGGCGAUACAGUUCAUCUCAGGGGCUUCCCUUUUUGCUUUGCUGAUUGUUGAUGUAUGCUGCCGCCCUCUCAAAGGCGGUAAUCCUGAACCAUACUAUGGAGGUUAUGCAAACGCUGCUGACUUUAACCAGGGAGCACCCUCUGGCCAGUUUUCACCUGGAGCUGCUCCUAGUGGUGUCUCUGCAUCUUAUCAGCCUGCACUAGAGGAGCCUAGUUUCUCUCAGCCUGCUGUACACAGACAACCAGCAAUGUCUGUUGGUAGUCCUUCUGCCCCUGUGUCAGGCCCAGGAGCUGCUCUCCAACACCCAGGAACUGCUAGCCAACCUGGCCCAAGAGAAAUUGCCUGGGCAGUAGCACCUCUGAGUUUCUUCUCUGGAAGUGAUGAAGUGCCAACUGGCCUUCAUGUUGCCUCCAGUAGCCCUGAGUAUGUGAGUCCACCUCUCCCACCUCCUGGACCAAUGUACCAAGCAGGAGAGUUGUCCCAGUAUGAGCAAAACGUUGAGUAUGGUGACUAUCAGCAUGAAACAGAGGAUCAAGGCUACAUGCCACCUCCCCCACCACCUAUGCUAGUGUCAUCUGAACAAAGCUACACAAGCCCACAAGGCUACACAAGCUUACCUCAACCACAGGCUAGAGGCUGGGGCCCAUAUCCUUACUACGACUACAUGUUCCUGACCGGCCAGUAUCCUCCAGGCACAGUCACUCACUCAAGCAGUAGCUAUGAGCAGGGGCAUGACAGCUGGCAAGACUCUCACUAUGUGAGAUACUACGACCAGGUUCCUCAACAGACUGAAACCUUCAGCCCUGACUUGGCAGCCCCACAGAGUAUCAAGGCUCCUAGACAACCUGUGAAGAGUGCUGUGAAACAUUGAAUGGGGAAACUUGCACCCAGGUUUGCCAUCUUCAACUUGAACAAGGUUAUUCUGAAUUCAAUAAAGAUUUGUCAAAUACUCUG